CCCCGCCCCCCGCUGCCCCCGUCCGGCCCACGCCCAGAGGCCGCCCCGGAGGCCUCCGCCAAACGCCAGGUCUGAACAAAAUUAAGAAGAAGGAGCUUCUACAAUCACAGCAGAUGAAGAUCCACUGGUAAAUCGAUCAGGAUUUUUGGCCUGCCCUCCAAAGAAAAGGAGCGGAAAGAAUGUCGGAGCGGGCCGCAGAUGACGUCAGGGGGGAGCCGCGCCGAGCGGCGGCGGCGGCGGCGGGCGGAGCAGCGGCCGCGGCUGCCCGGCAGCAGCAGCAGCAGCAGCAGCAACAGCAGACUCCGCAGCCCCAGCGGCAGCCGCCGCCGCCGCCGCGGCGCCUACGGCCGGAGGACGGCGGCCCCGGGGCCGCCUCCACCUCGGCCGCCACCGCAAUGGCGACCGUCGGGGAGCGCCGGCCCCUGCCCAGUCCCGAAGCGAUGCUGGGACAGUCGUGGAAUCUGUGGGUCGAGGCUUCCAAACUUCCUGGGAAAGACGGGACGGAAUUGGACGAAAGUUUCAAGGAGUUUGGGAAAAACCGCGAAGUCAUGGGGCUCUGUCGCGAAGACAUGCCAAUAUUUGGUCUCUGUCCAGCCCACGAUGAUUUCUACUUGGUGGUGUGUAACGACUGUAAUCAGGUUGUCAAACCGCAGGCAUUUCAAUCACAUUAUGAAAGAAGACAUAGCUCAUCCAGCAAGCCUUCUUUGGCCGUUCCUCCCACUUCAGUAUUUUCCUUCUUCCCUUCUCUGUCCAAAAGCAAAGGAGGCAGUGGAAGUGGAAGCAGCCGUUCUUCCAGUGGAGGUGUUCUAAGUGCAUCCUCGUUAAGUUCCAAGUUGUUGAAAUCGCCCAAAGAGAAACUGCAGCUCAGGGGGAACAGGCCAAUGCAUCCCAUUCAGCAAAAUAGAGUCCCCCAUGGUAGAAUCAUGACGCCCUCUGUCAAAGUGGAAAAGAUUCCUCCGAAGAUGGAUGGCACACUACUGAAAUCUGCGGUAGGGCCAGCCUGUCCUGCUGCUGUGAGUUCCUCAGUCAAGCCUGGCCUUAACUGCCCCUCAAUACCAAAGCCAACCUUGCCUUCGCCUGGACAGAUUCUGAAUGGCAAAGGGCUUCCUGCACCGCCUACGCUGGAAAAGAAGUCAGAAGAUAACUCCAAUAACAGGAAAUUUUUAAAUAAGAGAUUAUCAGAAAGGGAGUUUGAUCCUGACAUCCACUGUGGGGUCAUCGAUCUCGACACCAAGAAGCCCUGCACCCGAUCUUUGACAUGCAAGACACAUUCCUUAACCCAGCGGAGGGCUGUCCAGGGUAGAAGAAAACGAUUCGAUGUGUUGUUAGCCGAGCACAAAAACAAAACCAGGGAAAAGGAAUCGAUUCGCCAUCCGGACUCUCAGCAACCAACGCAGCCUCUCAGGGACCCGCAUCCCACUCCUUCUAGAACUUCACAGGAGCCACACCAAAACUCUCACGGAGUGAUUCCUUCCGAAUCAAAGCCUUUUGUAGCUAGUAAACCUAAACCUCACACCCCCAGUCUUCCAAGGCCUCCAGGCUGCCCUGCUCAGCAAGGUGGGAGUGCCCCCAUUGACCCUCCUCCAGUCCAUGAAUCUCCACACCCUCCCCUGCCUGCCACUGAGCCAGCUUCUCGGUUAUCCAGUGAGGAGGGAGAAGGCGAUGACAAAGAAGAGUCUGUUGAAAAACUGGACUGUCAUUAUUCAGGUCAUCAUCCUCAGCCAGCAUCUUUUUGCACAUUCGGGAGCCGGCAGAUUGGAAGAGGCUAUUACGUGUUUGACUCCAGGUGGAACCGGCUUCGCUGCGCCCUCAACCUCAUGGUGGAGAAGCAUCUGAACGCGCAGCUGUGGAAGAAGAUCCCGCCAGUGCCCAGUACCGCAUUGCCCGUCUCCACACGUGUUCCUCACCGGACAAACUCUGUGCCGACAUCACACUGUGGGGUCAGCUGCCUGGCGGCAGCCACCGUAUCCCCCUCCCCUGCCCCGCUCUCGUCCUCCUGCAUCUCCCCCAGUAGCAAGUCGGUACCAGCUCAUGGAACCACACUGAACGCACAGCCCGCCGCCUCCGGGGCCGUGGAUCCCGCGUGCAGCAUGCAGUCCAGACAGGUGUCCUCCUCCUCGCCCUCCCCCUGCACGCCCUCCGGCCUGUCCUGCGUGCCCUCCUCCCCCAUGGCCAGGAAACCUCAGAAGUUGAAAUCUAGCAAGUCUUUAAGGCCCAAGGAGCCUUCUGGUAACAGCACUAACUGUCACCACGCGAGUAGCAGUGCCGGCAGCGGCGGCUCAGGAAAGAAACGCAAAAACACUUCCCCGCUGGUAGUCCCCUCCCCCUCCCCCUCUUCUCAUUCCAUGGAGUCUUUUAGGAAAAACUGUGUGGCUCACCCUGGGCCUCCCCACCCCACGGCGGUAGCCUCUCCCCACGGCAUCGGCCUCAACUGCGUGGCCGGCAAAGUGAACUCGGUGAGCGGCCGGCACGAGCAGCCCGGGCGGGGCGCCCCCGGCGGGAACCCCGGCGAGUCCAUCAAGAGGAUGAGCGUGAUGGUGAACAGCGGCGACUCCACACUCUCCCUCGGCCCCUUCGUGCACCAGGCCGGCGAGCUGCCCGUCAGCUCUCACGGCGCCUGCUCCCACCCGCACACUCCUCUGGACAAGCUCCUAGGCAAGAAAAGAAAGUGCUCGCCCGGCUCGAGCGGCAUCAACAGCAGCAGCGGCAGGCCCACCAAGGUGGCCAAACUGCCGGCCCUGAACAACGUCCAUGUGAAGCACGCGGGCCCCAGCCCGGGGCCGCCAGGACUGGCAAACAGCUCCCUCCUGCAUCAGGAUACCUCCUGUCCUUGCUUACAAGCAGGAAUUUCAGCGGUGUCACCCCAGAGCCCUACUUUAAAAUCCAAAGGCACGUCCCUGACAGCUGAAAAUAGCACGGGGAGGAAUAAUCUGGACACUUUUGACGACAAGUUACACCUCCACUCAGCACUCUGGACUCCACGAUGCCUUUGAGUCUGUUUUCCCAACCUCCUGUGGGCCUCGAGGGUAGAAAUCUGCCGGGCUGUUGUUUUAACGAGGAUGUCCCUGAAGCUUUGUCUGUAGCAGAAUUCAACUGGUGAUGGAUUGCCCGGUGGCACCAAGGGUUACAGAUCUUUUUGUCAGCCAGCAACUUACACAAUGUGUCUGUUUUGUUAUUCACUCAUGAAAUGCAGAGUUUAAAAUAGAAUAUUUAAAAUAUUUUGUAUUCCAAAAAUAUACAAAGUACCUCUGAGAACACUGAAAAAAAUGUAUAAUUUGAAAAAUGUAACUUAUAAAGGCAGCUGUCUUCCUGCGAGAGUUCUGUUGCCAAGGAAUUUCUUAAUAUCUCCCAUUCUGUCCUGCGGGGGAAAAAGUUGGGCUUUGGAAAAUGAUUGUUAAAAGUUUCAUUGUUUAGCAGAAAAUAAUCAUUUUUACAUUUUGUGCAAAACCUUUUACAUUUUCAGAUCAUUUAAAUGAGCACUACAUACUGUCAGUGUGAAUGUAGGGCCUUGAAAGCAUUUUGCUGUUUUUUUGUUUGUUUGUUUUCUGUUUUUGAGCUUGGUUAUAAAAGCAAUCUCCUGUGUUAAAAUGUGUGAAUAGGUUGAUCAUUUGUACACAUAAUCAAGAGCAUCUCAGCUGGACUUUGUGUUGGCUGCUGUAUAGAACAUGAACAAAUGUCAAGGGAUAGAAAAUUACUUUGGAUAUUUAAAAGAGAAGAAAUAUAAUAGUCUAUUUGUUUUGUAACAAGUUCUGUAAAUAAAAUAAUUUAUACUAUUUAUAAGAAAAAGUUGUGCUUUGCUUUAUGAGAAAUUAGUUUGUGGAGCAAACAUGUUAACGGGCAAUAAAACCAGGAUUUCUCAAUAAACAAGGUUGGCUGCAUGAAA